GUGCGGCGAUUUUUUGCUUAUGUUGCCGACAAUUUCUYAGUAAUAUGUUUUAGACACACAAGUAAACAUAUAUAAUUUCAAUUCAACUUGUYAGAAAAACUAAAGUUCUUGCUUAAUUUAAACCGUUCCGMUUUGUUUUUAUUGGUUUACCCCGUUUUAAUUUACUUGRCGCCAAAACCGGCGAUUUUUAAGUCUACAUUUGGCGGCAUUGCCAUUUCUCUGUCUGGUCACCCUGUCUGUUAUCUGUGGUUUAAAAAGUCAACCGAAAUUCCGAAAAUAAAGCCGCAAAAAAGCCGUUGAAUGUGCUCGAAUGUGUAAAGUUUGCGUGAUCAAAACACAUCCGACCUUCAAGUGAUAAAACCCGUUAAAAAGCUGAAAAAUCAAUUAUCCGUGCACUUAAUAUGUAAAAUCCUGAACAAUCAGAACUGAAUUCUAACCUAACAAUGGAACAAGCUUGUACCUACAAGGAUUUGCUGCUCAGGAAACUGUCCUAUGCUGUAACGUCCAGUGUGUUUUCCCAACUGUUCAUAUUGCAGUUCUACGUGUUCCUGUUCAACACCAACGUGUUUUAUCCGCUAGAAUGGAUGCAAAGAACGUUUCGAACCAUGACGUCCAUCAGCACAUGGAUUUUCAUGGUGCCAUUUCUGGCAAUUAUCUUUGCUCAGUGCGUGAUUUGUGCUAAAGACUAUGUAGUGAAAUCGUCAUAUUGUUCAACAAGAUUCCAGAAGUUUUUACGUGCCUUUUCCUUGCACAACAUCAUCUUACUGCUGCUGCACAUUAUAGUUGGAGCCACUUCGACCUGGCUGUUUUUGUCCAUAUCCGAUGGACAAUAUAAUAAUUUGACUGAGGUAUGCAAGGGAAACGCUUACUGCCUUAACGAGGGAUCGUUUUUCCUCAUUCUAAGUGGUCUGUGGACAGGAUUUUACUUUUUCCUUAAAGUGUAUGUCGCCGAGAAGAAUCUAGCAUUUCCAGUUAUCCACCAGAGAAAGUUUCUGCAAUUGAAAUCACAAUUGGGACCGAUAAUCCGUGAGUCUGCACAUCUAUCUUUCUGGCCGUCAUUCUACUUUGGCUUGAUAUAUUUCAUCGUUGGAGACCUGCUUGCCAGUAUUUUUAAAGACGCAUUUGCAUUGCUAGACCGUGAAGAGAGACCCACAGCUUUAAUUUACAGCCAUCUGUGGUUCUUCAGUGCUCUUUACUACUUCAAUAUGAAUUUAAUGAGGUUUUAUUUCAAUUUAUUCUUGACAGAACCAGUGCAGUUUCCAGUCGUUAAUGCCCAGUUAGGAACAAGCUUAACAUUACAAGACAGCAUCACGAACUAUGAUUGGCCAAUUGUGCAAAAUUUGGCCUGUUUAGAUCUGCAUUUGCUGUCGCGAUGGUCGCCUGUAAGGAGACAAGCUUUCUUCGCUUUAUCAAACCCUGGGGGACAUCCACAUAAUUGGAAUUCUUUGGUGGAGAAUGUUUUGAAGCUUGUUACUGAAUAUACCCAAUUGUUGAAUAAAACCAUCGAUCUGCCCGAGAAGAAAGUCGUGCCACCGAUCAUUCAGGCUCCGAUAAUUCAAGGUCCGGAUAAAUUCAGGAAUUUGAGGAAUAUGGCUUUACUUGACGAGGACUGUUAUAGUUAUAUUGAUAUUUCCAAGAGCGCUCCUGUAGAAUUCUCCUUUAAGCCAAACGUUCUGGACGGCAUUUCGGCAAAACUGAAAUCUAUCUGGAACUUCCUCAAACUAAUAACGGGAGUAAACUUUCUAUUUGGUGAACUGCCACAAGCCAACGUUAGAAAAUGCCUGGCAAAUGGUAACUUAAUUAUUUGGUCCUCGCAAGGCAUUUCGGAUAUCAUUGCCGCCUCUUUGGACGAAGAUAAGUUCGGCAUAGUCCAAAAGGAUCUACCAGUGAUAAUUUCUAGUUUGGUUCAACUAAAGCAAAGCCUGGACAAGCUGAAUAAAGUGCCAGCCCUUACAAGGAAAAUGGUCGGAUAUGAUGACUUUAACUACAGAAUGAAAGGCGCGGUAACUACAGCAGUUAGAAGAAGCCUUUUUAAUAUAUGCAGGAGUUUCAAUGACUAUUUACGAGACAUUCCCCUAAGCAAGGACAUUUUUCAAUACUUGCAAGUGCAAAUUAUUUGUAAAAGCUAGUGAAUUGCGGUUAUUUUAUUUAUUGUUUUUUGUGCAUUUUCCAAAUAAAAGCUUAACAGGCG